GGAGAGUUUGGGAGACACGCGCAUGGUGCGAGGCUGGUAGAGAAGCAGGAGCAGGAGCAGCACGAGCAGGAGCAAGAGUGAGAGUGAGAGCAAGCGAAACAGCACCAACAAGACAGAAAAGGAGCCAAUCAGCAACAAAGUCCUCAACCAGAACUGGCCGAGGAGAAUAUCCCACUCAAGAUUCGGAUCAACAACGAAAAGGAUCAGCAGUUUAUCGUCAGUGUGAGCAACAGGAUCAGUAGAGGCAAAGACGCUGAGAGAUAAGCGCACUUUGUCAUCGGGAAUAACACACAGCGCAUCAAAACAUCAAGAUAGCCGAAAGCUAAUAUCUUCAUCGCUUCGUCCAGAUUCGGCAUCAGAGUCUACACAAGUCUGAUCAGGGAAUAAAUCCCUCUGAGUGAAGUCAAAUACUCCGAGCGCUUGUAGGCACAGUCUCGCUGCAUCAGAGCCUCGGUGUAUACCAGAAGAGAUGUUUCCAGGCGGGAUGCGUUCUAGCUUGAACAUGAUGAGAAUGCAAUUUCGCAUGCAUUUUCCUUUUUAUCAGCGAAGUUGCUCAACAAAAGCAGCCUUUGCUUCUACAGGAGGAUUCAGCUUGCUUGCGAUCGCGCAACAAUAUCCUUUCCAAUUUCAAGUAGUUGUGAGCACCAUCAAGACGAGCAUUGCUGAUAUCAUAACUCAGACACAGAUUGAAGGCAAAAGCAUCACUGAGAUCGACACAAAGAGAAAUCUUGUGUUUGUGGUGUUCGGGGCAACUUACCUCGGGGGGUUUCAAUGGUGGCUGCAAGUCACCAAGUUUCGCCAGUGGUUCCCUGGCAUGGACAGAUUUGCUAACGCUACCUUUGCGGAGAAGCUGAAAGACGUUCCUGGGAUGAUCAGUGCAGGAAAGCAAGUAGCCUUCGACGUGUUUGUGCACCUUCCCUUCAUGUACUUCCCCUGCUUCUACACGGUGAAGGAGUUUGUGCAAGGGAAGAGCUGGAAUCCCAUUGACUGGGCUAAGGACGGAUGCACAAAGUAUUACAACAACUUCAGAAAGGACACUUACGCUAUGUUCUGCCUGUGGGCGCCGGCUGAUUGUGUUCUGUUUGCGGUACCGAUGUGGCUCCGAAUGCCCGGGAGGCAUCUGGUGAGCCUUGGGUGGACAGCAUACCUAUCCUUUCUAAGAGGUGCCAAGAUUCCUGAGAAGGCGAUAGAGGAUAAGAAAUAAUCAUCAUGCUGCUGUACUUGAUUUAUUUGUUUCACUUCCAAUGACAAUUGCAUU